AUGAACUUCUCUAAGCUCUUCAAAGGCGCAGUUGCCAUUGCCGCGCUCACCAGCAACGCUUUUGCCCAGAGCGUUCCGGCGGACUUUGACAUUUCUGCCAUUGCUGCGGCUGGUCCACCACCGACUCCCACCAUCGCUUCCAACGUCGCCGCCCAGACUGUUGUCUACAAUGCCAACGCCGUUGAGGCUUCCGCUGCCGCUGAGCAGAGCGCUGCUGCUCAGGACUCUGCAGCUACGAAGGUCAAGCGCGCUGCUUGUGACCCCCAGUUGCAAGGAGCUGGACCUGUCCCCUGCCCUGAUACCGACCAAGCAUUCGUUUCGUAUGCUGCGUUUGCUUCUGCAGCUUCUGCGGCGCCUACGCCUUCGGGCUAUGUGAAUACCUUCAAGAACCUGAAGGCCAUGAACAAUGCCCUCGGUUACAUGGGAUACACGUUGAUGGAUACCUACGAUGUUCCACUGUGUUCUUCGAAGUGUGACAAGAUCAAUGGCUGCGCUGCUUUCAACGUUGCAUUUGAGCGCUCGCCAUCUCUCGAUCCAUCUCCAUCCGGAGGCGCUUGCGAGCAGCCAGCCACAACGACCUUGAUCAAGUGUGUCUUCUGGGGUGGCCCAGUCACUGCUGCCAACGCUGUCAACGACGGCCAGUGGCGCAACAACUACCAUGUUGUGAUUGCCGGCUCCAACGGCUACGUCAACCAGACGGUCGACUACUGCCAGGGAUACAAUGCUCCCAACUUCUAUGGCGGCAGGGCUCUCGCUGCGCCAAACGACUGCAACGGCCAGAGCUCCCUCGUUGGCACACAGUACUGGAAUGACGGCCACCCCUUCGACAGCAGACGCUGCUCCGCCGCCUGUGACGCCCAAACGAACGCCAACCCCAAUGCCCCAUGCAGAUUCUUCAACACCUACGUAAUCUCCCGCAACGGCCAGUCCUACGGCCAAUACUGCGCCAUGUACAAGCAACAGAUCGACGACUCUUACGCCACCUUGUCUCAGGUCCAGUACAACGGCGCGACUUACUCCGUCUCGUACAGCUACUCCUUCGCCAACGCCCAGAACAACGGUCUCCCCUGCGUGGCAAGCCCCAUCACCAGCUGCUCCUCGCCAGGACAAUGUGGGACGUACCGCCAGUGCAACCCAGGCGCCAACUGCUACUGCGGCUACGACACGGCCAACAACGUCGCCUGCUUCCAAGGCGCCUACUGCUCUUCUCAGACUUGCUCGACGAACGCGCAGUGUGGCUCCGGUUAUAUCUGCUUGAGUGCCAACAGCUGCUGUGGUUUCAGCAUUUGUGUCCCCAAUACUGUCUGUGCCAACGGUUUGAACGCCCGUCAUAUUUUCAGGCGAGGCGCCGAGAAGAGAGAUCAAGUUCAAGGGCUUAGCGCUGUGCACGUGCCUGAUGGUGGUAGCUAG